AGACUUCCUUUCAAAAUAAAAGCAGGAGCAAUGUUUUGAAAGGCGCGGCGUUGUUCUUCAUAUUUAUAGGAUUUCGAUCCGUCCCGCUAUUCCGUUUUUUCUUUUCUUUGAAUACUGAAAAACGGAUUUAAUCAUGUCUAAAACGGUUCCAGUCAUUUGGCCAAAAGUCUUCUUGUUUGGGGACUCGAUCACGCAGUUUUCUUUCCAAGCCAACGGGUGGGGAGCAGAAAUUGCCAACAAGCUUGCAAGGAAAUGUGACGUCAUAAACAGAGGACUGUCCGGCUACAACUCCAGAUGGGCCCGGAUUGUUCUUCCUCGCCUCCUCAGCAGCCAAGGCUCCGCAUGCGACAGCAUAGCAGCUGUUACAGUCUUCUUUGGAGCCAAUGACUGCGCACUGGAAGAUAAGAACCCACAGCAGCACGUUCCUUUGUCUGAGUACUUGGAGAACCUGAAGGAGAUCAGCAGACUUCUGACCUCAGCUGGAGUCUCGUCUGACAAAGUUAUUUUUAUUACUCCACCACCCCUUCAUGAGGCAGCCUGGGAGAAAGAGUGUAUUUUAAAAGGUAAUUUUUGUUUUUGUGAUUUCCACAUCUCUUUAAUUUUUGGCUGGCAGACAUUUACAGGUGCUUCUCUUUCAGGUUGUCCUCUCAAUCGCCUGAACUCCACGGCAGGUCAGUACGCUCAGGCUUGUGUCCGUGCAGCUGCUCAGUGCGGGUCAGAUGUUCUGGAUCUGUGGACUCUCAUGCAAAAAGAUGGACAAGAUUACACGGUCUACCUGUCUGAUGGACUGCAUCUUUCAGACAAGGGAAACCAGUUUGUGGCUCAGCGUCUUUGGGAUCUACUGGAGAGCCGCGUGGUCCACCUGCCUGUGAUCCUACCUUACUGGGGAGACAUUGAUGCCAGCAGUCCAGAAACCAGUCUCCUCUGUAACAACUAACUGAAGAGGGCUGUUUGCACUGCAGUGGGUUUUUUUUUUCUUUUUAGAAUAAUCUGUAAAGAAAGAUUUAGAAAUAUGUUCAUUUUUAACACAAUAAAGAGGUUUUUCUUUA